CUUCAAAAUGGUUGUCACGUGUGCUCCCCGGCCUAUUCCGUUCACGGUCCGCGUUUCCAGCCGGAGCCUUCAUCGACGGCGCCCACUUCCCGCCCCCACCCACAUUGUCGUGUCGUUUCCUGGUGCUGGCAGCGAGAAGGCGAGACGACGUUCUUCCGACGCUGUAAACAAAAGUUCUCUCAACGGCCCGCGCUCCUCCAUACUUUCCGCCAAAAGACAUGCAUAUCAAGACAGGUACGUGGGAAGCUAGUAACAGUGUGUGCGAAUCCGAUACCCUGUGCGACCCCGCGGUCCUCGUCGCCACCGCCAACCCGGAGCCGCACGUCCGAAACCGACGCCUGUCGCCCGGCAACUGCGGCGGGGGCGGGGGAGGAGGCUGCCUCUCCGGGGGCCGGUCGCGCCAGCUCUCUCCCGAGGCCGACCAGAUCGGACCCGCCCGCGCGCAUCCCUUUGGCUUCCGCGGGGAAAAAGAACGCAAGGGCCCGCAGUACAAAGGCCGCGGCCUUCGCCGGGACACCGGCCAGAAGGAGCUCGGCCGCGCCCAAAAGGUUAACCGGAAGGACCGGUGGGUGGAGGACAGUCUGUCGCUGCUCAAGCCCCCGCCCGCCUUCCCGGUGCAGGACAGCCCCGCCAAGCUGCAGCCGGCCGUCAGCUACGCCUCCAAGGUGAAGGCCAAAGCCACCGGCGCCAUUCUGGAGGAGGACCGCCACGCCAUCGGCGUUCUGCUCCAAAAUCAAUGGGGGCUGAGUUUCAUCAGCGAGACCAGGCCCGUUCCCGACCCCCCCGCGCCCCAGCCCGGAGACACGCCGGGAGAACCGCCGCUCGCCAUCCGGGCCCCCCAAGAAGCCCCAGCCCCCUUUGCUACCUCUGCCGCCCCGGCGACGCACCCCGACCUGGAUGAGAACAACGGGGAGCUGCUACUCAGUUGUCGCCACCUUGUGGAGGCUCUCAACUUCCAUAAUAGAGAAUGGAAUGCAAUCUGCAACAAACAGAAAAGAGAUCCAAAAAGAGUUAUGUGGUACAAGGACUUCCGGGAGCACCCGGCCUAGCGGCGCCCGCACCCCCCCCCCCCCCAGACGCGUAUAUACACCCACACGCACGCAAAUGGACACGCGCCCCCGUGCGCGUCGACGUCACGACGGACAAUUCUUGGAGUUCCCUCUCACGCGCUGCACUCAGGAUGAUGUCUCCAUGCAAAGCCACACUGAGACACUUUGGACUAACUCCUUUUUGAGAUCUUACAGCAAUGACCUUUUUUCUUCUUCUUUUUUUUUUUUUUUUUUUUAAUCGCCUUAUUACAAAGUCUGCCUUAAGUAAAUCAGACCGUUGUUCCAUCGCCCUGUUCUGAAUUUUAGCUUGUAUGUCUUCUUUCCACCCCCCUCAUCCUUCUUUUAACAAUCUUUGAGAAUUCUUUUCUUUUCCCCCCGCCCCCUUUUUUUUGGAACGUUACAUUUUUAACUGUCCAGUGUCAAGCGUGUGGUCAAUCAAGCACUUUGUUCAAGCGAAUUAUGUUAUUAGCGAUGGCCUAACCCCCCCCCCCCCCACUCCAUUUGACGUCUUGUACCUGCUAGAGUUGUAUCGUUUGUCUCUUGGGUUUACAGAGGGGGUGUAUUCAAAGGCACAGUAGAAUUGCCCCGUUAUCGCCGUCAGAGGUUAAUGCUGUCACCCCCCACCCCAAAAAAAAAAAAAAAAG